ACAGAAAAUCUAAAACCAUUGGCGCCCAACCAUUUUUUCCUUUCCUCCUCUUUUCCAAAAACCAACAAAACCUUUUUCAUUCUCAAAUCUCAAUUCUCACACACAACACAUCCAUCUUCCCCCUAAAUAAAAAUGGCAAACGCAUUUACUUCACACCCUAGAAACCAAAUUCAAUGGCCACCACAACAACAAGGUUUCACCAAAAACACACCUCCUCAACCAAAAUCAUCAUCAUCUUCUUCCUCUCUCUUUCAACAUUCAUUGCCAUUGUUUUCAUUGCCAACACCAUCUUCCAUUCUUAUUCUUCUACUUCUCUUUCAAUCGCUUCCAAUUGGAUCGUCGAUAACCCCAACACCACCACUAUAACACCACCACAACCUCCUCUUGAGGUGAAAAGGUUUCUUUCUGCUACCUUUGCAGAUUUACCUGCUCCUCAAUGGAAUUGGGAACAGAUGCCAUCUGCUCCUGUGCCUCGUUUAGAUGGUUACGCUAUUCAGAUUCUAAAUUUGUUUUAUGUCUUUUCCGGAUAUGCCAAUCUUGAUCAUGUUCACUCUCAUGUUGAUGUGUAUGAUUUCACGAGUAAUAAAUGGGUAGAGAGGUUUGAUACACCAAAAGAAAUGGCAAAUUCACAUUUGGGAAUUGCAACUGAUGGGAAAAGGUACAUAUAUAUUGUCUCUGGACAAUAUGGUCCACAAUGCAGAGGACCUACUGCUAUUGUGUUUGUGUUAGACACCAAAACAACGACAUGGAAUAAUUUGCCUCCAUUGCCAUUCCCCAGGUAUGCUCCUGCAACUCAGCUGUGGAGGGGAAGACUCCAUGUGAUGGGUGGUAGCAAGGAGAAUCGUCAUACACCUGGGUUAGAUCAUUGGAGUCUGGCUGUGAAGGAAGGGAAAGCUUUGGAGAAACAAUGGCGGACCGAAAUUCCUAUUCCACGCGGUGGACCGCAUAGAGCUUGCAUUGUGGUCAAUGAUCGCCUUUAUGUUAUCGGUGGACAAGAAGGUGAUUUCAUGCCCAAACCUGGUUCACCUAUAUUCAAGUGUUCGCGCAGACUUGAGGUAGUCUAUGGAGAUGUUUACAUGCUGGAUGAAGAAAUGAAAUGGAAAGUACUGCCACCUAUGCCAAAGCCAAACUCCCAUAUAGAGUGUGCAUGGGUAAUCGUCAACAAUUCUAUUAUUAUUACAGGAGGUACAACAGAAAAGCACCCGGUGACGAAAAGGAUGAUGCUGGUUGGAGAGGUCUUCCAGUUUAAUUUAGAUACUAUGAAAUGGUCAGUGAUUGGAAAGCUUCCUUAUCGAGUUAAAACAACAUUAGCUGGAUUUUGGGAUGGAUGGCUAUACUUUACAUCAGGACAAAGGGAUAGAGGACCAGAUAAUCCACAACCCAGAAAGGUUGUUGGUGAAACAUGGAGAACAAACUUAAGUUUGUCAUAGUUUGAAAUCAUCAAGGUGCUAAUAUCAAUUUGCCUUGGCUCACCAUACAAAUUGUUUAUUUGUUUUCCUUUUCUAUUGCUUCAGUACUUUUUUAUUUUUGAAGAAAAUUGCUUCAGCACCCUAGUUGGGCAACUUUGUGUACAGAGUAUAGGUAUGAUUUAAUAGUUGGGAGAUUAGUGACUUUAGUCCUGAGUAGGAUAGGGGUCGUCACUUUAAUCCCUGAAUGCAGAUAAAUUGCAAAAUAGUCCCUGAAUAUAGAUAAAUUGCAAAAUAGUCAAUUUAGUCCCUGAAUGCAAACUUUGUUAGUCAAUUUAGUCCCUGAAAUUGACCAUCAAAAUCUACAUUCAGGGACUGUUUUGCAAUUUCUGCACAUUCAGGGACUGUUUUGCAAUUUCUGCACAUUCAGGGACUAAAGUGACUACUUCUUUCCCAUUCAGGGACUAAAGUGACUAAUUCUCCUUUAAUAGUUAUUGGAAUUUUGAAAGAAUGUUACUAUGAUGAGUACAUUAAUAUCUUAUAUGUAUAUAUCUUUAAUUUUCAUAAGUCUUCAAGUUGGUAUGUUGA